CAUUGUAGCCUAGUAGAGCGGAUGGAAUUCUGUCUGUAUCGGGCAUAGGCGUCAGCCGUGGGAAACUCUUGUCAAAAUCCUUCGGCAUCCUCAAAAACCAAAAAAGUGAUGCCCUCCAAAACACGGCGUUCACAAUCUUGAGGUCGCUGCCUGUCUCCUGACGCCACUAUUUCGGAAUUUCGACGAUCCGUUCCGUAGAAAAGCAAUGGUGAAAGUUGGUCUGUUUAGGCAGCAGGAACCGAAUUGUCUUUUGGGGGGCGGGGGCCGUGCGGUGAUGACCCAGGCUCCGAUACCUUACUAGGCUAUUUUAGCAAGCCAGUUAAAGGUUCAAAUUCAAAGAGGACAGACCAACUGUAUUAUUGUUAGUUCUUUUAUUGUAUCAUACAUUUUGCAUUUUUGCUAUUUCAAACCGCUAACCACAGAAGAGGAUGGAGCUGCGCGUUGGUAACAGAUAUAGGCUGGGGAGGAAGAUAGGCAGUGGAUCCUUCGGGGACAUUUACCUGGGCACCGACAUCUCUGUGGGCGAGGAGGUGGCCAUCAAGCUGGAGUGUGUGAAGACCAAACAUCCUCAACUGCACAUAGAGAGCAAGAUAUACAAGAUGAUGCAGGGAGGAGUUGGUAUCCCCACUAUAAAGUGGUGCGGUGCGGAGGGGGACUAUAACGUGAUGGUGAUGGAGCUGCUGGGCCCCAGUCUAGAGGAUCUGUUCAACUUCUGCUCUCGCAAGUUCAGCCUGAAGACAGUUCUGCUCCUAGCAGACCAGAUGAUCAGUCGUAUCGAGUAUAUCCACUCCAAGAACUUCAUCCAUCGCGACGUGAAGCCGGAUAACUUCCUGAUGGGCCUGGGCAAGAAGGGUAACCUGGUGUACAUCAUUGACUUCGGUCUGGCCAAGAAGUACCGCGACGCCCGCACCCACCAGCACAUCCCCUACCGGGAAAACAAGAACCUGACCGGCACCGCGCGCUACGCAUCCAUCAACACACACCUGGGAAUAGAGCAGUCUCGGCGUGACGAUCUGGAGUCUCUGGGCUACGUGCUGAUGUAUUUCAAUUUGGGCUCGUUGCCAUGGCAGGGCCUGAAGGCCGCCACCAAGCGGCAGAAGUACGAACGCAUCAGCGAGAAGAAAAUGUCCACGCCCAUAGAGGUGCUCUGCAAAGGAUACCCCUCGGAGUUUGCCACCUACCUGAACUUCUGCCGCUCGCUGCGCUUCGACGACAAGCCCGACUACUCCUACCUGAGACAGCUGUUCCGGAACCUCUUCCACCGCCAGGGAUUCUCCUACGACUACGUCUUCGACUGGAACAUGCUCAAAUUCGGAGCCAAUCGGGCGUCAGAGGAUCCUGAUCGUGAGCGUCGGGAGAGAGACGAGCGAAUCACACGCGGCCGUCAGGCAGGAGGGCGGGGCUUACAGUCAGCAUCCGCUAGACCCACACACUCACCACACACUCCUCCAGCCAACGCUGCGUCUCCUCGCCCGGUGACCGGUCCGGAUCGGGAGCGUAAGGUCAGCAUGCGCCUCCACCGCGGCGCUCCUGUCAACGUCUCCUCCUCAGACCUGACGGGACGACAAGACGCCUCGCGCAUGUCCACCUCACAGGUAGCUGCCCCUAACUCAGGCCACACCCCCUCGACCUUUGACCUUGCGGCCAGACAGGAAUCGGCCUCUCGCAUGUCGACGCACGUCCAGGUGCCCAGUCCCGCCCCCAACCCCGGCCACACCCCCACGCCACCCGACGACCAAUAGAAUCCUUCAGCCACCCAGCCCUGUCCCCUAGCCACUCCCCCUCCUCAUCUGACAACCAAUAAAAUACCUCAUCUGCUCAACCGUCCUGGCCAAUAAGAAGUGCCUCUUAACUCGGCCCAGCCUUCGCCACACCCCCUCCUCUGCCCUUGUCCAAUCAGAACAGCCCAUCAGUCAGUUGAAUGAGAAUAAAGUGUCCUGUUCCAUGAGCCCAUGUA